AUGACAUUUACACGUAAUUGUGACGCACACACCAGCAGCUCUCGCUAUUUAUACGGCCAGAUUCAUCCACGGAAUCAUCACGUAAUCUUUGGAAUUAAAGUGGGGAGAAUGGACCCGUGUGACUGUUCUAAGACUGGAUCGUGUAACUGCGGGCAGGACUGCAAAUGCACGAAAUGCACGUGCGCAAAAUACAAGAAAAGUUGCACUGGCUGUCCAUCUGGAUGCAGCAGCAGCAAGGGUACGAAGAGCUGUGAGAGUGCGUGCAAGGACAAGGAGAAAUCGUGCGACACACACUGCUGCAAAUGAAUGUAAUUGAUAAGAGCUCUGACAUGUCGUGCUUAAACGCAUAUUCUAUGACGUAAUUACUUGACUGUUUGUAUUUCUUUGUCGUGCUGAUUAUUUGUCAAUUAGAUUGACAUACGAAUGGAACUGUAUCACAUAUUUCCUGCUUACGCAUAGAGGUCAAUACAGUGGACAGCUACAGUAACCCUUCACACAAACGCAUAAUGUAUACCUAAAUGGACAUCUAAAAUUUGUCAAAUAAGUGUGAAAAAUCAAACCUUGUUUUAAAUUUCAUAAAAGCAAUAAAAUGUGUGAAAAAAAUGUGUCAUCUUU